AUGUCUUCCUCAUCUUCUUCUGUCAACCCUGCAGUUACUGUCACUUCUAUUAAAAAUCUCAUCCCCGUUACCCUUGACAUUGAAACCGACCACUAUACCACGUGGUCCGAGAUGUUCAAAAUCCAAUGUAAAGCUCAUCUCGUAUUCGACCACUUACAACCCAAACCGGCUACGGCUACGUCUUCAUCAUCCGGCCCGAACAAAGAAAAGGAGGAAGAAAAGUCUGCGACGACCGAGACAUGGGAACGUCUCGAUUCCAUUGUCUUACAAUGGAUUUAUAGCACCAUCUCCACCGAUCUCCUGCACACGGUUCUCAAACCCGAUACCACUGCAUACGAUGCCUGGACCACAAUCACCAACAUCUUUCAAGAUAACAAAGCUACCUGCACGAUCGACCUCAACAAGAAGUUCGCCAACACCCACUUGGAUCAAUUUCCGAAUAUGUCGGCGUACUGUCAAGCCCUCAAAGUAAUUUUUGACCAGCUAUCCAACCUGGAUUCUCUUGUUAGGAUGAACAACUUGUGUUAUAACUCCUCUCGGGUCUUACCGAACAAUAUGAAAACACUGCUUCAGUCAUAUAACAAAUGA